UGGAAAUACAGAUAAUUGAGUUAAUAUAGGUUGCUUUCGAUGUUGGAGCCAUAACAACUGAAUAGUUACGGUAAUAACAAUGGUCAAAGUAACUUUUUUAUUUGUGGCCGCGUUGGCAAUUGUCAACGGUCAGCUCCUGCCGCUCCAAACACUAAAUCCAGUCACCGCAAGUCCCUGUGAGCAACUUAUCAUACCACCAUUGCCAUUAGCGCCAAUAACAAAGCCAUACAUCCCAGCGACAGUGUUGCCAGUGCCAGAAUUAGCGUUACAAUCUCCUCUUUUGCCGUCCCCACUUCUGCCGUCCCAACUUCUGCCGUCCCCACUUCUGCCGUCCCCACUUCUGCCGUCCCCACUUCUGCCGUCCCCACUUCUGCCGUCCCCACUUCUGCCGUCCCCACUUCUGACGUCCCCACUUCUGCCGUCCCCACUUCUACCUACGCCUUUGCUAAAUCCAUUUCUGCCUGUAGCGUCUCCCGUCUCCGCAUUGGCAAACCCAUUUUUGCCAUUGCCUCCAUCGUCCCCAUGUAACUGCGGUUGUCAGUAUUUGAAGAAGAUACCCAUACCUCCGCCGAGUAUUUAAUUUUUUUAUCUAUGAUUUUACUACCAUAGUUUUAUGUGACACUAUACAUAUAUCUGUACAUUGUCUGAUAAAUAAAUCAUUGAUUCAAACUCA